AACCUCUUCCUCCCCAUCCGCCGCUUCCUCCCCAUCGAGGCCAACCUAGGCUACCUCCGCGCCUCGGCACAACUCCGCCGGAUGACCCUCGACAUUGUCAAGAACCGCGUCAAAGAACUGGCUCAACCGGACUAUCGCAACCCUGUCAGCAACGGAGCUGACUUGCUCACGAUGAUGCUAGAGGGGGAGAUGUCCCUCAGCAAAGCCGGCGACAAAAUGACAGAAGACCAAAUCACGAACGAGCUGCUGACCUUCAUCGCGGCGGGGCAUGAGACCUCGGCUAAUGCCCUCCUGUGGGCGAGCUAUGUCUUGGCUGUCCACCCUGACAUACAGACGCGUCUCCGCAGGGAAAUCACAUCCCAUUUCGAGGCUGGCAAAACCCCGACUUAUGAGCAGCUCGAGUCGCUUGUUUAUCUCCACAACUUUUGCAGGGAAAUCCUCAGGCGGUAUUGUCCUGCGUUGAUGACGUUUAGGGAGGCACUGAAAGAUCUUACCAUUUGUGGCACUUUUAUCCCAAGGGGCACCGUACUUCUUCUCCUCCCGGCGGUGGCCUCACGGACGGCCUGGGUUUGGGGGGAGGAUGUUGACGAGUUUAAGCCGGAGAGGUGGGAGAAUUUGGCAGGGACGGAGGCGGACAGCCCUUAUGCUUUUGGGGCGUUUAUGCAUGGGCCGAGGAUAUGCAUAGGGAAGCAGUUUGCCAUGGUUGAGUUCAAGGUUUUGGUUGUGGAGCUGGUGACCAGGUUUGAGUUUGGGAUGACGGAGGAGUUGGAGGGGCUUGGGGGGAGGGAGCCGAGGACGACGAACCCGGGGAUGGGGUAUGUUCCUGCUGGGGGGAUGAGGGUUAAGUUUAGGAAGAUUUGA